GAUUGCCAUAGCAACGAAGCGCUGUUUUUUUUCAACUGCCCUUGCGUCCCUUCUUUGCCUGAGUUGGGUUGCCACCGGUCUCCAUGGAGAUCGCCCCGGCUCAGGUCUUCGGAGCGCUUGGCCCUGAUCUCAGCCUCGGGAAGGCCACGUGGGUAAGGGCCGAGCGCCGCGGGGCAAAGUCGCCUUCGUCCAGAUCGGGUGAGCGAGAGGUGCAGGUCAGCGCCACCGCCGAGGUAUCGGCGCCGCCUGACCGGGCCCGGGUCUGCGUGCUGGUCGGCAGCAGGAAGGAAGCGGCGGUGCAGGCCAAGAGCAGUGUGAUCCGGCGGCUCGACUAUAUCGUGCAGAGCGUGCGGGGCCACGGCGUCCAGGAAGACAAUAUUACGUUGACUAAGGAUUUUCGCCGAAUUGAAAGUGGCUAUCAGAUGGAAGCGGAGGUCAGUGUAAUAUUCAGUGAUUUUGGCAAGAUGGAGGAUUUAUGUAACCUGUUAGCGGAAAAAUUAGACAAUUCUGUCAUUGUUAGUUCACCUCAAUUCUUCCACACACCCGAAGUUGUGGAAAACAUCAGACGGCAAGCAUGUCUUCGAGCCGUUGCAAAUUCUCGCCGUAAAGCUUUUGAAGUGUGCCGCUUGCUUGGCCAGUCCUUGGGCAGACCUUUGAUUGUUCGGGAAGAAGAAACCAAAGAGAGUGAAGGUGGUGCUUCUGAACCACCAACUCCUGAUAACACAAGGCCAUUGACAAUGCAGCAGCAGAUUAACAAUGCAUCUGUGACUGUUUAUUCCAAAGUGUUUGUAACUUUUGAAUUGAAGUCAAAAGACAAUUGCAAAAGGAAUAAUUAAGUUGUGUUUUUAAGUAAACAAUUACAUUUUUAAUGCAUAUUUGUGACAGCAAUAUUGUGAGUGUAGUUUGGUGAUUUUUUUUGGUAGUUUAAAUCCUGUAUAUUUUUGUCUUUGAUGCAAGUAAAAUAGUUUCAUUGAG